AUGGUAACAGAGACAGUGAUGUUCCGAGAAAACAGUAAAAGCGAGUACACGCCACAUUUGAUGUGUAUGUACAAGCUAUACCACGGCGCAACAGCCUACUUGGAUGUGGCUGUGUACGAUACCAGCUACAUGGGGGGUCAAACAUGGCACUUGCUAGAACGUGAAGUGGAUUUGAGCGAGGCUCUGGAUGCAAGAUGCUCGUCUUCUUACGUUUCGCUUAUGCCAAGCAUAGCUGUGUCUCCAUCCAAGCAUCAGGUCAUAAUGCAUGGUUGGGGCCCUGGUGAAUGUGGAGAGCUGUUGCUGAUGUACGACAGUGACCGGAGUACCAGGGUCAUUCGGGCACAGCAGAAACAGGGGAAUCCCCCCAUUGGCGAACUAGGAACAGCUCUGGUCACCAUUCCCGCACCAAGCGCUCGCGGAGGGAAUAACGUGUAUCGGAGCUCUCCAUUCUUUUUGGUUUCAUUCGCAGGGUGUGCAUGGCAUGGCUAUCAGCCAAGAACACACAAGUGUUCGAAUUACUCCGACGGCCUGCAUCAGUUACUGGUAAGGGUGACCGAGGAACAGGACGGUGUCGGUGUCGAAAAAUGGGAACACAUCCAGCUGAAUGAAACCCAGAAGCCUGAAAGUCGAGUAUUCGCCAGGCUCUUCGCAGAUGGCAAUACCUCCCUUGUACUGUUUGGUGGAUGGAAGCCCCUUGGACGUCGGAAUGGCAUUGCUACUUUGGAUGUCUGGAGAUUCGACCUUUCAUCGCGGAUGUGGGCAGAGCUGGGUGCUGUUUCCCUGAAGCUAUGGAAAGCCUAUCAUUCCAAGAGGGGUCCAGGCUCGUUUGAUAUCAUGGCAUCCUAUCAAGCCUCGCUUAGAACAUUGGUCAUUUACGACAACUUCAGACGCAAUGGUUGCCUUGCCAUUGUUUGCUACCUUUGGGAAGGCUCUGCCAGCUGUGCUAGGGCUUCGGUACGCUCGUCGUCCCGGUUUUUCCGAGGCAUCUGUUGGGUAAACCUGGCAUCAGGGACGACAUCUUUCUAUUUCGUAUCUUCGCUGGGAAGAGAGAUAUCAUCAGUGCGCAUAUACACAACCGUCACCAGGAAUCGAAUAGUUCAGCGACUGGAGCACCAUGACUUGGGAUUUGCGAAGGGCUUUCCAGGCUUUAAAGGAAGCUCGCGGCGGGAGGUCGCGGCCCUGCAACAGCCCGUGACUUCCAAUGAGAAUCGACAGUACGUAUUCUUCGGAGCAGGAGGCAAUUUAACGGCUGCGAGAGAAAGCCGACCAAUACGGGACUUCAUUGCUCAAAACAAUGCCUCAAUGCCAGUGUGGAUAUUACGCUACAGCAAUCCAAGAAGAUCAGGAACGCUGUCAAGCUUUGAGUACACUCUGCUCUAUCCCAAACCGGGACCCAAGGACCCACUCCGCCACUACGCUAGCGUCACGUUUGUUACAAACAAUACUGCGGUCUUACAUGUAUAUGGUGGCUACAUCAGAAGUUCAGCCAGGUCAGCUGAGCCUGAUCCCAAUCCAACGUGCUUCAAUCUGCAGCGUCACUUUUGGACUAGAGCUGAUAUUGCAGCGGGUACUGUACCUUCGCUACGACGAGGGCACGUGUCAUUCCGGCACAACAGCUCUGUCAUGGUUGUGCAUGGAGGAAUUGCACCAUGGGACGACGUUCUGGGCGAUCUAUGGAUGCUCGUCAUGGACGACGAACAUCGCUGCAAAGUUCGCUGGCAUAACCUUACGCCUCAUGUCAAGAACAGACAUCUACCCCAGCAAUUUGGUCACAGUGCAACCCACACUGACAAUGCUGUAAUCCUGUACGGUGGGCGAAAACCAAGCCCUUCUAAACUCACAUUCGUUAGAAUACAAUCGUCAACUUGGGUUUCGGUAAGCGAUAUUCCUAUUAGCCCCAGCAUUCCAAACCGCUACUACCACAGUCUCUCGUUUUUCAACCCUGACCUUAUUCUUCUAGGAGGAUCUCGGGCUGAUGGUGAUCGAAAUCAGCCGCAAGCAGACUGGGCAUUGCUGAUGUCCUUCAAAAGAGCAGGAACUUCCAUGAUCGCCACCUCGACAAGAUUCUUCAAAGCCAACAUCGGGUCCCAAUUGGUCUUUGGAGAUAUGGUGUUUUCAGGCUACGGGACAGACUCCAAAGUCAAGCUUGAGUCACAUUUCAGCAUUCUCAACACGACUGGACUGUGUCCUAUUGGACAUGAACGAGAUCAAAACAACUCCUGCCAUCCAUGUGCCAUUGGGUAUUACUCAGCCACUCUUCAACAGCAAUGUACAAAAUGCAACCAUUCACUGACAACCAGAAAUGUGGCAUCCAGUCAUUGUGUUCCAGACAGCCCGUGUAAGCCACACACGUGCAGCAAUCAUGGUCAAUGUAUCGUCGACGAAGUCCACUUCAAACAUAUCUGUGUUUGCCAAUUCGGAUAUCUUCCCGAUGAUGACUGCAAGACACCAUCCAUCUACCUGGCCUUGAUGGCAGCUCUUGUUUUCACGUCCACUCUAACUAUACUCACCAUUGCUCUCAUUCAGUUCUUGAGGAAGAGGAGAGCCCUCAAUGCCAAGGAAAUCGAAUUAGUCAAGACCAACUGUGACCUCUACCGUUCCAAACGAAAACUCAGUCAACUUGAUCAUGGAACAUGCAUUGCCUGGUCGGAUCUGAAGAUCAAGAAACAACUGGCUACUGGAAGAUUCAUUAAGGUAUUGCUAGCUGAGCUAGGCGAUAUGUCUGUUGUGGUUAAACGACUUCCAGCAUUCGUUUCCACUGCCUCACCUGACCACAUCUUCAUCCAAGAGGCCGAAGUUCUUCGAACAUUGCGCCAUCCCAAUAUUGUCAUGUUCUUUGGAGCUGGAAGGGACACAAGAUCAGGCUGCCCUUUUCUAGUUAUGGAAUAUUUAAGACGAGGCUCACUCUACGAUGUUAUCCAUGAUGAAUCCAAAGCAAUUGAACACAUCGAUCGCCUUCGCUUUUCCCUGGAUGCUGCACGCGGAGUAAAGUACCUGCACAGUGCCAGUCCACCAAGAAUUCAUCGUGAUAUCAAGUCAGCCAACAUGCUGGUCAGUGAUAAAUGGGUGGUGAAAGUAGCUGACAUGGAGACUACACGAUUUCUGGCUAUCCUACAACCUAACACUAAGCCAAAGGAGACCUCGUCCGGUGCUGCUAACGGAGAAACAGAUCACCCUAAACGCACUACAUCCUUCACAAGCCAUCAAUCUGAUCUGCUGACAACACCCCUUCUAGCUACCACAGUGCUCAGUGAUGACAGCCAUGGUAAUACUCAGGACAGGCACAGAUACACAGAGGGUAUGACAUCACGUAUUGGAAUGACGUGUGGCGUAGGCACUGAUCGCUGGAGAUCCCCUGAAUCUAUCAAGAAGAAUCUCUACACGGAGAAACACGAUGUUUACAG